AUGGCUUCCUCACGCGCUUUCUCCCUAGAGAGCACAGAAUCUCCAAGGGCUGAUGUACCAAAGUUGACUAGCCAGCAUUGUGGUGACCUUUUUGGCAUUGCCUUCAGCCUCAAACUUCCCUGGCGAGUUACAGCAAGCGUGCCCGUAGUUGAGAAGCUGGUACAGCUUGAUUUCCUAGGAACUACUCUGCUGGUGCUUGGAGUGGUCUCCCUUGAGCUGGCACUUCAGUGGGGAGGCCAAGCAUAUGCUAGCAUCCGCGUCUCUUACAACGAAGCACUGCGAAGCGUAUUCCAGGUUGGGCUUAUUGUUUCGUGUAUAUCGCUGUUUGGUGCCGCCACGCUAGAGUGGAAGAGCAUCAACAAAGUGCAGAGCGGGCUAGAUACCGAAACAAAACCACAAAUGGCGGUUAAAAAGCUGGACAGAAAACCGAAGCAAUUAGAAACGAGUAACUAUAGCGUUGCUUUAUAG